AUGGCGACUUCAUACGGACAAAAGGUCACCAACGACCCUGCAUCUAAAAACGCCAUCAAUGAGGCUGUUGGCACCGUAACAUCAGACUCCCUAGCAGGCGAGUCCCUGAAGAACUCUGGCUCCUUUGGCGAGGGCAACCCCAAGGCCGCAGCAAGCAAACAGCCCUCUUCCUCAACUACCACAAACACCCACGACACAUCCAACGCCACCAAGCUUGACGCCGCCGUCAACGCCGAAGCACGCGACGCACAAGAAGGAUGGAAUGAGGAGAAGAUUAUGAACUCGGGCAAGGGUCUCUCAUCUGGUGGAGCUUCAUCAGGAGGCGCUGCUGGCGUAGCACCUACUGGUGUUGCUGGCACCAAUGUCGACCCAAGCGUUCUCCAACCCAAGGGCGCCAACUUGACAGAGGAUAACAACUUGAGUGGCAACACAAAGUUUGGCGAGGUCGGUACAAAGGACGACCCUGCCAGGCAAGCGGAGCUCAAGUUCGCGAAGACGGACGCAGCGAAUGCUGCGGUUGACAACAAGAAUGACAUGGCCCAGGGCGGCGACAGCAAGUUCAGCAGCCUGGGAGACGCCAACGCGUAG